ACGAGCCGCGCGCGCCCCAGCAAAGAGAGCAGGAUACAGGAAACACAGCAGUGACCACUAACUUACACGUACCUCACACCCCUGCCCUCACUAGCUCAGUCGCUCUCUACGCUGGGCCGCGUGCAUGUCGACCUGACUGUGCGAGGCGAGCCGUGUGCAUGGGUCUACACUUACCGGGCGCGAAACACCCUAACUCUGACCAGCAUAUCUGAUAUGCAGAUAAAGUUAUCAGUAAACUGACUUUGGUGACAUUAUAAGCAAGCGCAAAGUGCUAGGGGUUAGAUUACCCAGAAUGCACUAGUGGCCGCCAUACUUGUUGUUCUUUGUGUGUCCAUGUAGAACUUAUCACGCCUUCGUUUUGUGUUUUAAACCAGAUGAAAUGUCACGGAGGAAGCAAGAACGGCCUCAGCCAAGAAAACUAGUCACUGCCGACCCUGAACUUUUACAAGACAUCCUGACUUGCGGUGUUUGUCAGAAAGAUUUUGCCUUAUCCGACAUUUUGAAAUUUAUUCAGCACAAAGUGCGGAGUUGUAACAAAGAAAACUGCCUGCUCUAUGAUGAAAGAAACGACAUCAGUGGCGAGGAAAAUGAAGAAGACACUACUGCAAUGCCAACUCGAAGAUCUAGUAUAUCAGCUCCCAUCAGUAAAGGAAACAGUAACAGAAGUACGCCAAUCUUAAUUCGGGGGCAGGAGGAAAAAGUGAGGCCUUCCUCAGUUUCCUUAGCAGAAUCUAAUUCUGACGAAGAACCUGAGGAAGGCCUAUCAAAAAGCAUGUCUCCUGGUGUGCUGGAAAUAAGUCAAAGGAAACGUAGAUGUUCUAUGGAAGAGAUACAACCAGAGGGUGUAAUGAAAAUGAGAAGAGGAGGCGAGAGAGAACCUACAGAACCAAACAGUUAUUCGUGUUCCACGUGUGAGCAGCCAUUCGUCACAGCUUGGGUUCUGUUACAGCACGUACAGAAUGUGCAUGGCAUGAAGAUCUAUAUGGACACAAGCAACAUUCUAGAAAAGAAUUUAGAGAAAAAUAGGUCAACUCUGGAACAAACCACUACAUCCUCCUUGUCCCCUACGCUAUCCGGCCAAACUCGGGUGUCUAGAGGAAGCAAGUUGAUCCACCCAUCCAUGCAACUUUUACAGAUUCCCCGGGGUGAAAAGCAGUUUAAUUCUUCGCUCAAAAGCAACUACUUACCCCGUCCAUCUAGUCAAGGGACCCGGCUAGACAUCCUUGGGGAUACGUACCAACGGCUGAAUUCCAAUAACUCCUUGAACGUAAAUUCGAUUGAAGCCCAUAAUACUUUGGACAGAGGACGUUUUGAUCGUUCUCGAGGAGUGUCUAUAGGGCUUGGCUAUGAACAACAAAAUGAUUUUUAUUCUAAGAGGCUACGUCAGUUAGCAGGAGCCACGAGUCCUACCAAUGCAUCCUCAGGCAAACAGCCAAUUCACUUUUCUCAACCAUUAGCUUCCAGUCAACCAAUAACUUCUCAUCCAGUACAGACAGUGUCUCCAUCGCCGAGUGAUCAUUUGGAGUCAACAAAGUUGAAGUCUUGCGAAUUUUGUGGCAAGUCGUUUCGAUUCCAGAGCAAUUUAACGGUUCAUCGUAGAUCACACACUGGCGAAAAACCUUAUAAAUGCAACAUUUGCAAUCAUGCUUGUACUCAGGCCAGUAAACUAAAAAGGCAUAUGAAAACUCAUCGAAAAGGUAAAAAAGGUUUGGCAGCAUGUGCCACUGUUGGUUCCGGAAGGUCCACACCAGAUGGAAAAGAUGAUGCUGAUCAGAAUAACGAAGAAGAAGUUAAAGGGGAAAACGAUGAGGAUGAGGAUGAAGAAGACUUGGAAGAUGAAGAAGAAGAACUGGAAGAGGAAGAACUAGCAGAACGUGUUGCGGAAAAUUUGACGACAAAUACUACACCCAAAAGUAUUUCAGAAUCUCCUACUCAGGAAGAUAUAAUAGGUAAAACAGAACAGUCAAAUCCACCUAUAAAAAGACAGUCACUACUGGGCGAAGUUUUGGAAAAGAUCGGAUUAGGUAAUAUUCAACAAUAUAAUGAUGCUUAUAAACAGGCCUUAGAAGAAAGCAGUUCAGGAAAGAUAAAGUCUGAGGUCAAAUCCACCGAUACAUUACCUGAAAAUGGCUUAGAUUGCUCAGAUGGCUCGAAAAGUAAUAAGCCCAGAGAGCCACCAGUAGACUUUAGCCACAGUCUUCUCGAUGUUUUGGAUUCAAAGAAACGUGGCAAAUUUGGUCUCGGAGACCGUCAACACGAAAAGAACAGUCUUUACGCAGGAAUGUGGCUUCCAUCACCCCAACGUGACUACUACCAAGGAAGUGCGUCCACCACUGACCACAUGUCAGCCAGUGAAAGUGCCUUGAUGGCGGUCACCUCCAACAAAAUAAGCAGUUCGUCUAGUCCCUUGCCAGGGACUAGCACACCUUCCACAACAACCACCCCAAAACCCAAAGAACAGCGGCGGAACGAUACGUGUGAGUAUUGUGGCAAAGUCUUCAAGAAUUGUAGCAAUUUGACAGUACAUAGGCGGUCUCACACCGGCGAGAAGCCGUACAAAUGUGAAUUGUGUAGUUACGCUUGUGCUCAGAGCUCAAAACUAACCAGACACAUGAAGACUCACGGUCGGUUUGGAAAAGAUGUGUAUCGUUGUCGCUUGUGUAACAUGCCAUUCUCUGUAGUAAGUACACUGGAGAAACACAUGAGAAAGUGUGUGGUUGAUAACAACCCUUUAUUAGCAGACAGGGAUGGUGAGUCGCUUGAAAGCAGUGAAAGCAAGCAGAUGAGUCAAGCCGCCAUCUCAUCUAGCAGAGAUUCGGACUCUAGAGAAACCCCAUAAAGCGUUGAUAGCAAUAGUAUCUAUUAACCCCUUACACUUAGAACUUACAUUCUGGUAUCAUGGUUACUUGUGUUUGUGCAUUAUUAAUAUAAUGGGAAGAUAUUGUUUGAUGAGUAGCUCCACGUUUAUAUGAUAUAUAUAUAUAUAUAUAUAUAUAAAUAUAUGUGUGUGUGUGUGUGUGUGCGCGUGUGUGUGUCGUGUAUAAGGUGUCAAAAUUUACCUGUCUAUAGCUAAAAUAUGCACUACUACUAAUGUUCUCCACCGCAUUGAAGAGAAAAAAUAAAUAAAUUGUCUUUCUACAUGUUUCAUCGUGGUUGCACGAUGUAAAACAUAUCUGUGGUAAAACCAAGAUAGAAAUUUCUUGAAAGUAUUUUAGUAUCUGUUUAGCCCAUUUUGCGAAAUAUCUGUGCUUAAAAGCGUGGUUAACCAAGGAAGGUGCAUAUCCGUUUUUUGAAAGCCUUGAUCUGUAGGAAAUUUUUACUGCUUCAUAUUUGCUCUUUUUCCUAGCUGAAAUAUCCUGUUGUUCUCAUUUAUACAAAAAAAAAAAAA